GCACUGGUCGAACAGAAUGUGGACGCGGAAGUCGUCAAGAUCUUUAUCGAUGACCCUGUUCUCGCAAAACCGUCAGCUUCUGGGGACUAUUCAGCGUUUACCGACUAUCUGAAGGGCUUCGAUGGCAUCAUUGCUGGACCAGGACCUGGUUGGGCUAAAUGCGACGAGGACGUUGGUUUGAUGAAAGAACUUUGGAGACUGCGAGACGAACAGAUUGUCCCUGUGCUUGGCAUAUGUCUCGGCUUCCAAUCGCUUUGUCUUGCAUUUGGGGCUGAUAUCGAAAGACUCAACGAGCCAAAGCAUGGUAUCAUCACGGCUAUCCUACACAAAAGCCAGUCCAUCUUCCGAGGUGUGGAGAGCCUCCUAGCAACCCAGUAUCAUUCUUUGCAAGUCAAACUCGAUCAUCCCAUCCAAAACAAGCGCGCUGUACGGUAUCCUGCACAACUCUGGGAGCCUACGGAAACCUGCCCCCAACUGGAGCCGCUGGCAUGGGACUUUGACAGUGAUCUUAAUGGCGCCGUGCUCAUGGGCGUCAAACAUAUACAGAAGCCAUUCUGGGGUGUCCAGUUCCACCCAGAGUCAAUCUGCACAAACGAUGAGGGCAAGCGCAUCAUUCGGAAUUGGUGGAAAGAUGCCCAAUCUUGGAACCGGAAACGUAUGUUCCGGAACGUUCCCAAGCAUGGUUUGAUGCCAAACUUGCCGUCUUCGCCAAUGACUGCUGAUGAUUUCCGACGAGAGCUCGGCGUCUAUGACGCCAGGAAACAGAGCAAGCGUUCUUACACAGACUUCGUCGCAAAACUCGAUAGCGACACAAUAACGCCAUUUGAGCUUGCUUCGCUCAUCGCACACGGAGACGGACAGUCAUUACCAGACUUGCCACCGAGCACCGUACAUUGCGCAACUACUGGAAGCGGAAGACUUACAGUAGCCGACGCUUGUGAGUUGUUCGAAUUGACAAGAGGCGAAGCUAUAGUGUUGGAGUCAGGGUUGCAGUCGAAUCUGGUGCCUAUGGCUGUGGGGACAGGUCGGUACAGCAUCAUAGGUGUCGUUAUUCCCGAGGAAACUCUACGCCUACAUUAUUACGCAGGCACUCGAAGGAUGGAACUCCGAGAUGGCAAAGGCCAGGUACAUACCGAUUGGACUGUAUCAGACCCAUGGCCCUAUGUGAGGGAGGUCAUGAAGAGCCUUCAGCCUUCAACCCCGCCAAAGGGCUCAACAUGGGCUCCUUUCUGGGGAGGUCUUAUGGGCUAUGCGUCUUACGAAGCCGGCUUAGAGACAAUCGAUGUUCAUGGUCACAAAGAAGCGUCGUAUCCGGACAUUUGCUUCGCUUAUAUAACGCGGAGUAUUGUGUUUGACCAUCAGUUCAAGAAGAUCUAUGUCCAGAGUAUCCGCGGACCAUUCGACCAAGACUGGGUUAUUGACACAACGGAGAGACUGUAUGAACACGCAGGUUUCAAGUCGCGUGAAACUACUCCAAACUCUGCAGCAAUGAGACAGGCGGACCCUUUUGAGGCUCAUGGCACAAUGCACCAAUACAUCGAUUCAUGUGUCCAGCUCACUGUUGGCGAAACCGAGUACUGCAAGAAGGUCAGUGCUUGCCAGGAUGCAAUAGCAGACGGUCAGAGUUACGAGUUGUGCCUCACGCAUCGUAACGAAAUCCGUGCUCGCAAGCCAACAGCCUGCAAAAUCUCUCACGCGGAGGACAAUGAACACUCCUGGAAUCUCUACAAGCGCUUGACCGGCCAAAACCCUGCGCCUUUCAGCGCCUACAUGAGGAUGCACAACGUACACAUACUCUGUUCCUCACCAGAACGAUACAUAAGCUGGGACCGGUCGCAAACUGCACAGUGUCGACCAAUAAAGGGAACAGUUCAAAAGAAAUCUGGUGUGACUGCUGAGAUGGCCCAUGCUAUCCUCUCAUCGUCAAAAGAACGCGCAGAAAAUCUCAUGAUUGUGGAUCUUACUCGCCACCAGCUUCAUGGCGUAUAUGGCUCCGAAAACGUCCGAGUAAGCCAGCUCAUGGAAGUUGAAGAAUACGAAACGCUCUGGCAACUGGUCUCAGUCGUCGAUGCAGUGCCUAGCGGAAUCUACAAACCCACCACUCCAGAAGAUUGGGAAGAUCCUGUAGAAUAUGCUUCCAAGAAACCCGCCAAGCAAUCCGUUCCUUACCUAGGGUUCGAUGCGUUCGUCGAAAGUCUGCCCCCAGGUAGCAUGACUGGCGCACCCAAGAAGCGGUCUUGCGAGAUUCUUCAGGAUGUCGAAGACGGCGCAAGACGGGGCAUAUACUCAGGUGUGCUGGGUUAUCUCGACGUCGGAGGCGGCGGUGACUUCAACGUCGUCAUACGCACUGCUAUCAAGAUUGACGAUGAACAAAGUGAAGAAAAAGGAGACGUCUGGCGUAUCGGCGCUGGAGGAGCAGUCACCAGCCAAAGCACUCCACAAGGUGAAUUUGAAGAAAUGAUUGCCAAAUUUGGCAGCACUAAGAGAGCCUUCAUGCCUUUGCCGCCACCGAAGCCGAAGACAAAGAACAGAAGGGUCGAAAUCAUUGAGCCUGAUGACCCAGAAUUUGCGGAGCUGCUGGCGAGCAUGAGGGGUGGGGAGGAAUUGACGCUUGACGAUGCGCAGAUCAUGUUGAGGGCAGUGGAACGCGAGCUAAGGAGAAGAAACGCUGCUGGAGAGGGGCGCAUGCCUGCUCAAGAUGACGAGCCAAAGAUAGGCAGCAUCACGACGCCAACACGCGAUUCCACGAGCAUAACCGCGAUGGCAACCGACGCGCCAGAUCCAAGAACUUUUCAGUCAUGGGAAGACGCGUUCCAAUAUCCCAUACCCGUCGUCCGUAAGCUCGAACAGCAGCUCCGCAACAAUGCCGACGAGAAUCGGGAGAAGCUGCGGUCCCUCGUUGGGGCGAGUUACCGCAGUCUCCUCGACACGGCCGAAACGAUCAUCGACAUGGAAGUGCGCAUGGAGCAGGUCGAAAGUAGACUUUCAAGAGUAGGGCAGAGUUGCAACUCGCGAAGGCUGGACAAGAUAACGAGCAAUGCGGGCAAGAUGGAUACCCAUACACGGAGUCGCGGUCAGUCUACACAGAUGCAUUGGGAAGAGAUUCUCUCAGUCAUGCGCAAUGCGCCGGUGGUCAUGACGCGCCUCAUGAAAACAGGAGGAUCAUAUCUGCUCAUUGCAAAAGUCCUGGUCAUCUCGAGACUACUCCACAAGUCGCUGCUCAGUCAGCCCAGCCACAAGGCGCCCAUUGUUGAUCAGCUGUGGGAGAGACUGCUGUCGGCACGGAGAAAGCUUCUUAGAAGGAUUGACAAGCGCCUGUCGAGCACACAAGGCGAGACGGCGAGCCUGGUUGAAAGCAUGUGUGCGUAUGCGCUUGCGACGAGCUCUACGCCGACCGAUGUAUUACACCACUUUCACAAGAUGCGGCUGGAGAAGAUGAACAGCGAGCUUAGGGCUGGGGGCGAUGAACUUGCGAAGCAUGGUAUUAGUGCGCUCAAGCUUUGUAUACAGACAUGUCUCGAUACACAAACCAUCUUUCCGCGACGCUUAGCAGAAGCUUUGAGCAAGCUGAAGGCGCACCCGCUGAUACAAGACCCCGACAUUCGCGGUCUAUACGAGCUAAACCUGGACGUACACGAUCGAUGGCUAGGCGAUGAGGCUCGGAACUACACGCCGUGGCCACGACACAACGAGCUGCAGCGGCCGGAAGCAGAGCGCAUUCUGCACCGCUGGUCCAAGGAUGUCAUCGCCGCUUUCCUCAAAGGUAUACAGAAAGCAUUAGAGCAAGAAGAACGGCUCAAAGAGGUUGCGGACUUGAGACAAGAGUUGAUUGAGACUUGGAUACUGUCUGGUUCGCGAAUGGCGGGUGUUAAGUCAGCCAACGUUCUCGAUGAUUUACGAGACACGAUGAAUGACAAGUUGGAGACUAUAGUGCGAUCACGUACGAAUGGGCUACAGGAUGUUGUUGCUGAGCUUUCGAAUCAGCUGGACGCAGUGUCCUCGUCAGACAAAACCGUGACGCUUUCACUCUGGGACACAACCAUCAAAGCAUCAGAUUUGAGCAAUGGUGCGCAAAUCUUCAAAUCUACCAUACUCAACACCUAUCAAGGGCGUGACGAGUCCGUUACUCGUGUGACGUCCGCUUUUGACAAGUGGAUGGAGUCUGUCUUGGAAGUCAAGAGCAUUGUCAAGAGCAUGAAAGAAGCACGAUGGGACGAUACCUUCGCAGAUGACGUCGACGAUGAAUCCGACGAUGAGCUUGGAGAUUCGAAACAAGCGCUACUUAGUGACGACGAUCCGAAGUUGCUUGAAGAAGCUACACAGGAAGCCUUGAGCGAAGCUAUGCAGAACCUGAGUCAGAGCUUCAACGCUAUCGUCAAGAAACCCAAUGGCGAACAACCAACCCAAAAGGCGGCAUUUAUGCUUCGCGUGGUUAGAGAAAUCGGUGAUCGGAUACCACGUUUAAGACUCCAGGAUAAGGCAACACCGCUCGCAUCGCCGUUCACUUCUGAAAGCCUUCAGCCUCUGCAUACUACGCUCGCUUUGUGUGUUACCCAACCCACCGUAGAGGCUUACAAGGCGUCGCUUUUAGGUUCUCUCAAAGUCAAAACGAACAGCCAUAUCCUGUGGGAAGGACAUCCACCACUACCAAGCCAGCCAUCACCUAGCGCGUUUAGAUUUUUGCGCACGUUGAACAAGAAUAUGGGGGCCCUUGGCAGCGAUCUUUGGGCACCUGGUAGUGUUCAGGUAUUGAGAAGUGGGGUGGCCGACAAAGUAGUCGAAACAGUUCAAGAGCAUCUUGACGCCAUUGACGUGUAUGCGAAAGAGCCGAGCUCUCCUGAUGAGGAUACGAGCGAGGAAAAGAAGGAAGACGAAAAUUCUACAACGACAGAUGAGACUGAGAAACCGAAACUCACCGUAUCAACGUCGAACCACAUUGAGGCAAAAGAGCAGAGAGUCAAGCAGCUACUGUUCGAUCUUCUGUAUAUCCAGCGCUUCGUCAGUAACGCGGGCGAGGACGAUGAUAGGUUCGCAUCGCUUGCUAAGAAGACAAACCUACCGGAUCUGGAUGAAGGCGCAGUGAACAGGCUGAGGAAGACUGCAGCGGAUCAUGCGAAGAAGACGUACCUCCUCUUCGCGUUGCUAGCAUAG